CGCAUGCGCAAGUUUAGCACGCUCCAAAUCUUAGCACAUAGCAUUUCCGGUCACUGUCAAACUUAGCUAGCAGUCCGUACUUCUCAUACAGUUCGACGUUUGACUUUUAACUCAUGAAAUAAGCGGUUAAAAGUAAGUUUAACACGGCGCCUACAUGGUACAAAGGUGAAAAGUAACUUUAGUUAGGUAACUAUAUACUACAGUAGUAUAUAAAGUCGGGGAAGUGAUAUUCUAUCGGGGAGUGAAGAAGGAAAAAAAAAGUCCCGGGAACGUGUCUUAAUAUUUUCGCCUGCCUCGUGUCAUUGGGAUGGAGGUGCAUACAUUGAUGCGGAUCAGCGAUGAGCUAGAUUCCUCCGAAGUGGCCGGUCUCUGCUUCUUGUGCCGUGAUGUCGUCAGCAAGAAGGACCUUGAGGGAAUUAGCGAUGCAAAGGACGUGUUCUACAGACUGGAAGAAAAACGUCUCCUGGAGAACUGCGACUUUCUCGCUCAGUUGCUCGAAACAAUUCGUCGAGCGGACCUCCUCAGCCUCCUGGAGACGAACAGGCAGUGUACAGAAGAAACUGAUGCAAAACCUAUACUGUCAAGUUACAGGGUGAUGCUGUAUAAUUUAUAUGACGACAUCGAAGAAAAGGACCUUAAAAGAAUAAAGUUUUCUUUGAAGGACAAGAUUGGCCAGAGACAAUUGGAGGAAUGUAAAACGGCGUUGGAUGUAUUUGUAGAAAUGGAAAAGGUGGCUUUAUUGUCUAAAAUGUGUCUUAAGGAGCUGCAUUCAAUACUGCAAGUGGUUAAUGAAAAACUGGCAAUCAAAGUCCAGAAGUAUAUCAAUGAAGAACCUCUACAGCAGCAGAAGAGCCCAUCUCCUGCUGGUUCCAUCAUGGAUUACCAGAAUGCCGACAACCUCCCUCUUGUCUCCAUAUCAGAGACUCAGCCUUCCUAUGAAAGGGGGGAUAUUUCCUCAGAUGCAGAAACAAACAAGUCUGACUUCCCUUCUGAUGAGGCAGAGUAUUAUGCAAUGAAUCACAACCCUCACGGUUUGUGUGUGAUCAUCAACAACGAGGAAUUUUCGGGACCAGAGCUGAGAAAAAGGAGUGGAACUCAAGUGGAUGAGAAGGCUCUUUGUUCAGUUUUUUCAGAAUUGGGCUUCACCGUCAAAGUUUAUAGCAACCUGACUGCAGAGGAGAUAAGACAGACGCUAAUUACCAUUGCUGGAAGAAAUUUUUCCGAUGAAGAUGCUGUGGUGGUGUGUUUGCUUUCCCAUGGAGAAAAUAAUUCAGUCUUUGGGACUGAUAUAAAAGCGGUAUCCAUACGAGAACUGACUCUACCCUUUACAAGUGGACGUGCCCCCACCUUGGCAGGGAAACCCAAGCUGUUCUUCAUCCAAGCAUGUCAGGGAGAUGGCUAUCAGACGGGCUCUUUGCCAUGCCCCCAGAAGCCCAGAGAAGGUGGUGAGGACAAAUCGAGUCGCUUGGAAGAGGACGCAGGUCCCAUCUACUGUGAGACGGUGCCCUCAGAUGCAGACUUCCUGUUCGGCAUGGCCACAGUGCCGGAAUGCAAGUCAUUUCGAAACACAUCCACGGGCUCCAUCUACAUCCAAGAGUUGUGCAAGCAGCUCCGACUAUCAGCUAAGAGCCCGUGUGAGGAAGACAUCCUCAGCAUCCUGACACGUGUGAACAGGGAGGUCAGCAGAGGAGUGUAUCUGAAACACAAACAAAUGCCUCAGCCGAAAUACACACUCACCAAGAAACUGGUUUUAAAAUUUGUUAAUGCGGGCUGAAUGCAACUCUCCUAACAUGCCAUAGACAUAUAUAUUGCCUCAUAUGCAAAACUGUGCUGGAUGUGUAUUAAUUGCGGUGACAAUGCUGAUUGGUGGUUAGCGUGCAGACCUCACAGCUAGGAGACUCGGGUUCAAUUCCAUCCUCGGCCAUCUCUGUGUGGAGUUUGCAUGUUAUCUCUGUGCAUGCGUGGGUUUUCUCCGGGUACUCCGGUUUCCUCCUCUCACAUUCCAAAAACAUGCUAGGUUAAUUAGCGACUCCAAAUUGUCCAUAGGUAUGAAUGUGAGUGUGAAUGGUUGUUUGUCUAUAUCUGCCCUGUGAUUGGCUGGCCAUCAGUCCAGGGUGUAGCCCGCCUCUCGCCCGAAGACAGCUGGGAUAGGCUCCAGCGACCCAUGUCAGGAUAAGUGGUAGAAAAUGAAUGAAUGAACAAGCUUUGGGACUCCAGCCAACCACAGUGAGAGCCAUUAUUAGAACAGUGGUGAACCUUCCUAACCAAAAUGACCCAAAAAGCACAGCGCCGGCUCAUCCAAGAGGUCACAAAAGACCCCACAACAACAUCCAAAGAACUGCAGACCUCAUUUGCCUCAGUUAAGAUCAAUGUUUGACUCCACACUGGUUCAAAAAUGGCCUGCAUGGCAGAGUUCCAAGACUAAAACCUUCUUCAUGAUCCCCAAGACCUUUGGGAAAAUAAUCUGUGGUUUGAAGAGACAAAGUUUGAACAUUUUGGAAGGUGUGUGUCCCAUUACAUUUGGUGUAAAAGUAACAGUAGAAUAUGGUGGUGGUAGUGUACCAUGAAUGAAAUUAAUGUUUUUGUUUUCCACAAUAAAAUGUGCCUUAUUUGAUAUAGUGCUUUUUUAUACAAUAAUAAUAUUUUUUC